UCUGACAAAAAUUACUUCAAUCAACGACAUAUGACCACCAAAAUCCCCUCCUCCCAAAUGCUUCGUAGUAGUAGCAGUAAUUGCAGACGAUAUCUAUCAUCAUCAUCAAAUCCAUUAUUCUCCAAAAUGUUUUUUCAUAAACUCUUUGCAAUGGCAAAUCACAGUUUUUCAUCUUCUUCAAAUUCACCCAAAAUUCCAUCUUCAUCAUCUAUAUCUAUACAAUCAAUAUAUGAUAUUUGUAAGCAUAAUUUAACUCCCUCAACUACUCCCUCAUCUUCCGUCAUCUCUCAACUCACCUCUCAACUCGAUACAAUUGGUUCUGCUGAUGUUGGGUUGACAGAGGAACAUCAAGAAGAUGAUCGAGGUCAUGGUUUUUCUAGUCCCAAUACUCUUAAUAGGGUAGAUCGUUGGGCUCAACCAAUAACAUAUGUGGAUAUACAUGAAAAUGCGAGUUUUACAAUGUGUAUGUUUUGCUUUCCCACUUCUUCAGUUAUACCGCUCCAUGACCAUCCAAGAAUGACUGUUUUGAGCAAGGUUCUCUAUGGUUCGUUGCAUGUGAAAGCUUAUGAUUGGGUUGAACCACCUUGCAUCAAGUAUUCAAAGGAAAUUACUCGAGCCCCAGUUAGGUUAGCGAAGUUGGCCGUCGACAAAGUUCUAUCAGCACCAUGUAGUACUUCAGUUCUAUAUCCGAAAACAGGAGGGAAUCUUCAUUGUUUCACUGCUCUCACCUCUUGUGCUGUACUUGACAUUCUCACGCCUUCAUACGACGAAUCUGCAGGCAGAAAGUGUAGUUACUAUCGUGAUUACCCAUUCUCCAGUUUUGGAAGUGGAGGUGAGCGAAUUGAUGGAAAAGAAGAUGAAUAUGCAUGGCUUGAAGAGAUACAGACACCGGAUGACCUUUAUAUGCGAUCGGGCAUGUAUGCAGGCCCACCUAUUCAGAUCUAGGACGUUUAAGGCAUGCCAUGGUCAUAACGUGAAACUGGAAUCUGGUUGGCGUGUUGAAGUCACAAGUUUAUAGAGAGAAUAAUGGACGGGUCAGCCUGAAUGGAUUGGUCCGUCAACACUAUAUUAUUACGGUAUCACGUAAAACUCAUGUUGAGUUUUGACACCAUGAGUCAGUGUGAUGCACGUGCUCUCUCUCAUCCAAUAACAAUGUGAAACAUCACCAUCUUUUGUUCCCCCAAAAUCAAUGUGACGUGCCACCUCGCUUGCCCCUCUUACGCCACCACUGUCACAGUGUCACCCGCUAUUUUCACUAUUCAUUGCAAGUGUUUCGUGUGGCUAAAGGCUAGUAAUAAUUAAUGUAUUGUAUAUGAUUACGAGCUAUAUUAAACAAAGCAAGUUAGUUAUUGUAAUUGUAAUAGAUAUGGUGGUAAGCCUAAUAUGCAACUAAAGGAACCAAAACACUUUUCAAGAUUA